CGUCAUUCUGCAUCACAUGUCCACGCCGCCAGAUCCAGUUUAGUGUUUGUCGCAAGUUAACCCCGUAUGGAAAAUGGAGACGCUACACCAGGACAGGACGAGCUAAAGAUCAAUUAAUGCUCAUGUGAUGUUUUUUUUUUUUUUUUUUUUUACACCCAGACAAACCGGUAUUAAUAGCAUCCGGCUUUCCGUCAGACGAACCACCGGUCAAGGCAAGGCAACCAUGGAAAUCUUUGGGAAUUUCGAGCGCAUUGAGGUUUUUCCACCUCUGGAAGUGGGAAAUGACAACACGUCUCCGAUACUUUAAAUGCAACUUCUAGGACUGCCGGCUUUCGACAUGAUUAAAAAGUACUCGUAGUUUUAGGUCGUGAGAAAUGAGCGCAGACUGGUCUGAGACACAAAACGAUUAGUCAGCUAGUUUCGUUGUAUAUUUUAGUUGUUCUUGGUUUUAAUUUUUAAUAAACUUGCGUUUUUAGAAAUCGAUAUGAGAUUUUUUAGAUAUAAUUUAUAACGUCAGUGAUAUUGUAGUUACACUUUUUUUUUUUUAGUUACAAUUUUUUUGCUACGAGACAAAUAGCAGUAACUGUAAAAAUGAGAUCUCUGGCCCCGGGAAUCAAACUCAUUACCUCUUUCUCUAGAGACAGCUGGUACCGGUUCUUCAUCCUCAUCCUCACGUUUGUCUUCUAUACCACCUACCACCUCUCUCGAAAGCCUAUCAGUAUCAUCAAGAGCCAGCUGCACAGAAACUGCUCUGAUGUUAUUCAUCCAGCAGAUCUCAACAUCACUGACAAUGACACCUGGUGUGAUUGGGCUCCUUUUGAUCAGAACAAUUACCAGAACCUGUUUGGAGUGUUGGACAACUGCUUCCUUGUUGCUUAUGCUAUUGGCAUGUUCUUUAGUGGGAUGUUUGGAGAGCGAUUGCCUUUGCGUUACUACCUGAGCUCAGGAAUGAUUCUCAGUGGCCUUUUCACUGUUCUGUUUGGCCUGGGCUUUUACUGGCAAAUCCACUCUUUGUGGUAUUACUGCUUAGUUCAGGCCUUAAAUGGGCUGGUGCAGACUACAGGCUGGCCGGCAGUGGUAGCGUGUGUUGGGAACUGGUUUGGGAAGGGAAAGCGUGGAUUCAUCAUGGGGAUCUGGAACUCUCAUACCUCAGUAGGAAACAUUCUGGGCUCCCUCAUUGCUGGGGUCUAUGUGUCAUCUGCGUGGGGCCUGUCAUUCAUUGUGCCUGGUAUCAUCAUCGCUUCUGCUGGAGUCAUCUGCUUUUUGUUCUUGGUUGAAAAACCUGAAGAUGUGAACUGUACUCUACCACAACACCAUGAGAGUGUGGAGCAGGAGCCUCUACUGAGGAACUCAUCCAGUAAUGAGGAGAUCUUCAGCACUAACACCUCCACAGCUGUAGAGCCGGUGGAGGAUCACACAGAAGCCAUCAGCUUCUGCGCCGCGCUCAGGAUUCCUGGUGUGGUGGAGUUCUCUCUGUGUUUGCUUUUUGCUAAGCUGGUCAGCUACACCUUCCUCUACUGGCUUCCUUUAUACAUCGCUAAUGUCGCUAAUUUUGAUCCUAAAAAAGCUGGGGACCUAUCUACGUUGUUUGAUGUUGGAGGAAUUGUGGGUGGCAUCCUGGCGGGAUUGAUAUCAGACUACAGUGGAGGCAGAGCCACUACUUGCUGUGCCAUGUUGAUCAUUGCUGCUCCUAUGCUGUUCCUGUUCAAUAAAAUUGGGCAGAAUGGCUUGCCAACCACCAUUGGCAUGUUGCUGUGGUGUGGCGCUCUCGUGAAUGGACCCUACGCCCUCAUCACCACUGCUGUAUCAGCUGAUCUAGGAACCCAUGAGUGCCUGAGAGGGAACUCUAGAGCACUGUCCACUGUGACCGCCAUUAUUGACGGCACUGGAUCAAUAGGUUCAAAGAGAUCUGAGCCGCCCGUCGAACAAGAGAAUAUCACACCUGUGACGGAAAAUGACCUGCAGCAUAACGACAAAAAGGGACCAUGGUUCCUUGGCAACGCUGGAGAGCAGGAGAGUGAGUGA